AGACCAUAAUAGCAGGACUUUUUUUAGCCGAGUGCCGGGCAGUGCCUACUGGGUAUUGGCACACCUCUGGUUUUUGAAGGUACAUGAAAUUCACAGAACUGAACAACUUCAUCUUUUGAUUUUAUGGCUUCUCUGCUGCGUCGAAUUGCACAAUCUUUAAUUCCCAAGCCCAUCAAUCAGAAAACCCAACUGAUCCACACAAGCUCAGGGCCGCCAAAUGACGUCGUCAAAUCCAUCCGCGACUCGUUCAGAAGCAGCUGCAAUUGGGACACUCUGUCCACAAAGUUCGAGUCCGUUAAAUUGGACGGAGAGCUCGUCGAGAGUGUGCUGCUAGAACUGAAGGAACCCAUCGAUGCGAAACGUGCUCUGGGUUUCUUCCACUGGGCCGCUCACAGCAAAGAUUUCGAACAUGGGGUUUGGUCCUACUCCAUAACCAUUCAUAUUUUAGCCAGAGCCAGGCUGCUCAUGGAUGCAAGAGCAUUGCUCGAGUCGGUUUUGGAGAAAAAUGUUGGAAAUGCUUCAAAGUUUUCGGUUGUGGAUUCGUUGCUUAGUAGUUAUGAGGUCGCGGCUUCGAGUCCGUUUGUGUUUGAUUUGCUGGUGCAGGCUUAUGCUAAGCUGAGAAUGUUUGAGACUGGUUUUGAUAUUUGUUGUUAUUUGGGGGAACGUGGGUUGCCUUUGAGUCUCACAAGUUACAACUCAUUGCUUCGUGUCGUCGAAAAAUCUGACCGGACUGCUCUGGUUUGGAAGAUUUAUGAGCAUAUGAUCGAAAACAGAAGGUAUCCGAACGAAGAGACGAUUAAAAUCUUGGUUGAUGCUUUGUGCAAGGAAGGGAAGUUGAGGAAAUGUGUUGACAUGCUGGACAGGAUUCAUGGGAAGAGAUGCUCGCCUUCCGUGGUUGCGAAUACUAGUUUAGUUUUCGGGAUUUUGGAGGAGGGUAGGGUUGAGCAAGGAAUGGUGGUAUUGAAGAAAAUGUUGCAAAGAAAUAUGGUUCUUGAUACAAUUGCUUACUCAUUGACUGUAUAUGUUAAGGUUAAACUAGGAGAUGUAAACUCCGCACAAGAGGUGUAUGAAGAAAUGCUUAAGAGAGGUUUUGGACCAAACUCUUUCAUCUGUACGUUGUUUAUAGGAGCUCAUUGUGAAGGAGGACGAAUUGACGAAGCACAAUGCAUCAUGCACGAGAUGGAAACUAUGGAUUUGAAGCCGUAUGACGAGACUUACAAUCUUCUUAUUGAAGGAUGUUGCAAAGCCGGAAGAGUGGAAGCAAGCACGAGUUACUUGAAGAAGAUGAUGGAGUGCGGGUUCAUCCCUAGUUGUUCUUCCUUCAACGAGAUGGUUGGAAAGUUGUGUGAAACUGGAGAUGCAGAGCAUGCCAAUGAAAUGUUAACUACCCUGUUAGAUAAGGGGUUUGUACCGGACGAGAUUACGUACUCUCAUCUGAUCAACGGGUUUGAGAGAAAAGGUGACAAUCAGGAAGUUGUCAAGCUCUACUAUGAGAUGGGGUCGAGGUCGCUGUUUCCUGGAAUUUCGGUUUUUACAUCCUUGAUAAAGAGCUUCUGCCAAACAGGGAAACCGGAGGAAGCAGAAAAGUAUAUUGGCUUCAUGAAAGGUCGUUCGAUAGCCCCGAGUUUAUGUACAUAUGAGAUCCUGAUUUCCAGCCACUUGGAGAAGGGCAAUUUAGAGAGGGCCCUUCACCUUCGGAAAGAAAUGGCCAAAAAGAAUUAAACCCUGAUUGCUUUGUCGUCUUCUAUGAAGAAGCGAAACUCGUUGAAGCUUUUAUUCUUUGGAUUCAGGACAUGUUCAUGGAGCUGUUUCUGUCUAAUAUGUACGUAAUUCCCUUGAACAGCCGCAAACUGUAAUAAACCCACGACUAAACUUAACUUAGUGAAUGAACCCGGCCUUCGGGGAGGACGUUGCUCUCAAGUUUCAACCA